GGAGGAACCCUGGUAACCAUCUCUGAACCGGACCCUGGACUCUCUGAGGAACCUGAGGACAUGCCUUUGGACCGGGAGGAGACCGGGAAGAGAAGAUUUGCUGGUAGAGCAAAGAAGAAGACUGAGUCCAGACGCCGUGGAAGCCGUCAGAGAGUAACAAUGGUCACCAUCUCUGAACCGGACCCUGGACUCUCUCAGGAACCUGAGGACACGUCUUUGGACCGGGAGGAGACCAGGAAGAGAAGAUUUGCUCUAUGGUUUCACAUCACUAUCAUUGUGAGCAUCGGACUGCUGAGUAUUCUCCUCAUCUCCCUGCGCUUCAACUCACCGUCACCCUGGAAAGAGGGGAGAGAGCACUUACUGGAUGAACUCGAUGAAUUGACACUUCAGGGCUGGAUGCUUCACGACAAGAGUCUCUACCGUGUUUCUACUACUAAGAAGGGCUGGAGGGCCAGUAGAGAAGACUGUCAGAAGAGAAAGGCAGACCUGGUGGUCAUCAACAGCAGAGAAGAACUGGCGUUUGUCAGCAGAUUGAUGGAUACUUCCUGGAUUGGACUGAGUGAUCGAGAGAAAGAGGGGACCCACAAGUGGGUGGAUGGUACCCCCAUGACCUCAAGUUGGAGACACGUUAAACCACGCGAUGACGGCGGAGCAAGAGACUGCGUCGUAGCAGGGGAGGACGGCUGGUCUGAAGAACCGUGUAACAGACUGCACCACUGGAUCUGUGAGAAGGUCCUAGACCUGGAUCAUCUGGAGGCUGAGCGGAACAAAGAGGGUUCAGUGAUGCCCACGGAGGAGGAGGCCCCAGCAUCACAGAGUUCCACUCCUCUACCCACGUGUUGCCCGUGGGCCAAACGGCCCGCUAUACCUGCUAUACCGCUAUACCUGAUGAUGAGGAUGAAGAGC